AUGAAAACAACGUACAGUAUUCCUGAUGCGGAGGCUCGCAUUGCUAUGGAAAAAGGCGUGCUUGACGUGCUCACAGUGAUUGAUCCGAAUUUGGUUCCUCGACAUGGCAUCCGGUGGGUUAAACGCACUAUUCGAGCCAAGUGUGCUGCAACCGGGAUCGUUUGCACCCGUAUCAAGUGGAAGCAGUUCUGGGGAUACUUUCGCGCUACUUGGCUGGAGCGGUACAACAUUGAAUCGGAGCUAAAUAGGUCGUUCCCGACGCCUCAUCCCAAUAUUGCCACAUUUGUCAACGUGAUCCGGACAAUAUCUCAAGAUUACGUUACCAAGUUGACCAACGUGGCGCAAGGGCGACGAAGCAGAGGCAACAAAACCAAUGCAAACAAAAAGAGAGGGCGACGACGAGCCAACACAAGCGGUGCCGACGGGGCAAGCGUCGAGACGAUUGAUCUUCCCAAUCCAGUUGUUUUUACGGACGAAGACUUAGCCUCUGAUUCUGAUAGUGAAGACGAGAUGCAAGGCAGCAGCGAUGUUGAUUCUGUGGUAGAGCGUGAGGUCGCCGACGUAGCUGACAGUGACGAAGAUGCGCUUCCGGACUUCUCGUUUGAUCCCAGUGAGUAUUGCGAUGACGAUGAGUCGACUGCCAACGGAGAUGACCAGAGUGUGCAAGCAGCUAUUGUUUAGAGACCUUUAGUGCAGGUGCGGACGGAUAACCAGAAGUUGUUAUCUCACCAGCAACAACUUUGUGGUAGGGGCUAGAUGUAGUAAGCGUUUUAGACGCUACGAACUAGGGACUCCCUCAUGCUUAAAUACAUGUACCC